AUGGCUGCAAACGGUACAGCUCCCUCUUCUGCCAAUGAAGAGCAGAACAAAUUCUUCGAAGAUUUCGGCGUUUGGAAAGAAGCUCCUAUACUUAUAGGAAGCACCAAAUUCACACCAUUGCCAGAUGUUAAGAAUAUCAUGAUUACGGGAGGAGCGGGGUUUAUUGCGUGUUGGCUGGUACGACAUUUGACAUUGACAUACCCCGAUGCUUAUAAUAUUGUUUCUUUCGACAAGUUGGAUUACUGUGCUUCAUUGAAUAACACCCGGGCACUCAACGACAAGCGCAAUUUCACCUUCUAUCAUGGUGAUAUUACAAACCCAUCGGAAGUUGUAGACUGCUUGGAACGAUACAACAUCGACACAAUCUUUCAUUUCGCAGCACAAUCUCAUGUUGAUUUGAGUUUCGGAAAUUCAUAUGCCUUCACACACACAAAUGUUUAUGGUACCCACGUUCUUCUCGAAAGUGCCAAAAAGGUCGGGAUCAAAAAGUUCAUUCAUAUCUCUACGGAUGAGGUCUACGGAGAGGUCAAGGAUGAUGAUGAUGAUCUUUUGGAAACCAGCAUUUUGGCACCCACAAAUCCAUACGCUGCGAGCAAGGCAGCAGCCGAGAUGCUGGUACAUUCUUACCAGAAGAGCUUCAAGCUACCUGUGAUGAUUGUACGCAGUAACAAUGUUUACGGUCCACACCAAUAUCCCGAGAAAAUUAUUCCAAAAUUCAGUUGUUUACUCCAACGUGGACAACCAGUUGUAUUACAUGGAGAUGGAACUCCCACCAGAAGAUAUCUUUUCGCUGGUGAUGCAGCGGAUGCAUUUGAUACUAUUCUUCACAAGGGCACAAUUGGACAGAUCUACAAUGUUGGCUCAUACGAUGAGAUCUCCAACUUGACAUUAUGUUCAAAGUUACUCACAUACUUGAACAUCCCCCACAGCACCCAGGAAGAACUUCAUAAGUGGGUCAAGCAUACACAGGAUCGACCUUUCAACGAUCAUCGAUACGCAGUCGAUGGAACCAAGCUCAGACAAUUAGGUUGGGAUCAGAAGACCAGCUUCGAAAAUGGAAUGGCGAUCACUGUUGACUGGUAUCAGAGAUUUGGCGAAAGAUGGUGGGGUGAUAUCACCAAGGUCCUUACACCAUUCCCCACGGUUGCUGGUUCGGAAGUGGUCGGUGACGACAACAACACUGUUGAAGAACUUAGAGAAGAGAUGGUAGUCGACGCUGAUGAUAAUAUGAUUUUGGGCAAGAAGAGGAAGUUGAAUGGCGUUUCAGAUGGACUGGUUCAAGCAGUGGAAGCAUAG